AAAAAAAUAAAAAAUGCCACCAAAUUCUAAAGUAGAGAACGAGGAUGAGGAGCAGGGUUUACAAGCUAUCGUUUUCGCUGACUCAUUCAAUGCCCGUUUCAAGCCAUUAACAGACAAGAAGCCUAGAUGUCUCCUACCACUUGUUAAUGUCCCCAUGUUAGCUUGGACACUCGAGUCUUUGGCUGCUGCUGGAAUACGCCAUGUCUUCUUGUUUACAUGCACACACGCAGAUCAAAUAAAGGAGUGGUUGAAGAAGUCUCAUUUCUCAUCUGCCUUGUCUACUCUCGCCGUUACACCUAUCGUAUCAACAACAAGUGUAAGCGCAGGUGACGCUAUUAGAGAACUCGACGCAAAACAAUUGAUUAGAACGGACUUUGUCCUUAUUUCUGGCGACGUCGUUUCUACAAUCGACAUACAGAAGAUUGUCGACGAACACAAAGAGCGCAGAAAGACAAACAAAGACGCUAUUAUGACCAUGGUCACGAAAAGAGUUGGCGCCAGUCAUCGUUUGAGACCUCCAGCUGAAUCACCUGUUUUCGUUAUAGACCCUUCAAAUAACCAGCUACACUCCUACACUACCUUAGCACACCCUUCAUUAUCUUCAAGUGCAACCCACAAGCGCGUUAACAUCCCUUCAGAAGCACUUGAAGCCGCAGAAUUGCAAAUUAGAAAUGAUCUCGCAGAUUGUUACAUUGAUAUCUGCUCUGUUGACGUCUUGCUUCUCUUCACCGAGAAUUUCGAUUACCAGGACCUCCGUUUAGAUUUCAUUAAUGGUAUUUUAACGUCAGACCUUCUCGGUAAAACGAUACAUAUGCAUACAAUUGAGGAUGAAACUGGUGGAUACGCUGGUAGAGUCAUGGAUGGUAGAAGUUACGAUGCGAUUAGCAAAGAUAUCAUUUCAAGGUGGACCUACCCUAUGGUCCCAGACGAAUCAAUGCCAGAUUCAGAAAGACUUCAUCACCAACGUGGACACAGAUACUUUGGUAAAGAUAAUGUGCAGAUUGGUGAAUCAGCUUCAAUUAGCGUUUGUUCAGUUAUAGGAUCACAAUCGAAGUUGAGCGAUAAAUCUAAAAUUGAGAGAUCAGUUAUUGGUCAGUCUGUCCAAAUUGGUGAAUCAUCGAGAAUCUCUCAUUCAUAUAUUUGGAACAAAGCUUCAAUUGGCAAUAGCUGCGAUAUUAGUGAGAGUAUUAUAGCUGAAAGCGCACGUAUUGGCGAUCAAGUCAUCAUCUCUAAUGGUUGCUUCGUUGGCGAAAACGUUACUAUUGCUUCUGGGACGAAGUUGCCGCCAUUUACUCGUGUCGGUACAACGAGAUGGAAUCAAGAGGAAGAAGACGAAGAAGAUGAAGCAGAGAAAGAAGAAAGAUUGAAGAUACUCGGAGAGGAGUCAAACGGAUACUUGUGGCCAUCCGACAAGGUUGAUAUGCAAAUUGACGAGAUAGAUUCUGACGACGAGGAAGAUGAAGACUUCCAGUUAUCUAUGAAAUACUCUAGAAUGGGUGCUAGACCACCAUCACCUGCAUUGUCGACAUCUUCAUCCCUUUCCACAAUCUCAAACGGCGGCUCAGACGAAGAGAACGACGACGACGAAGAUGAUAUCAACGACGCUGUCGAGGGUCUCACACUUGAAAACGCUGGUAAGGUCGGAGCGGCAGCUGAUUUCUCCCAUGAAUGUGUCCAAUCUCUUGAAAGAGCUUUCGAGGAGGGCCACACAUCUGAGAAUGCCGCUAUAGAACUAAAGACUUUGAGGAUGGCUUCAAAUGUACAACUUUCCCAAGUAAGGAAGGUAGUCAUCGAUUUCUGUAUGUCGAGAAUAUCAACUACUGAUGGCCAGCCAGUCAAGGCGGUCGAGGCAGUCUUUGGAAGAUGGGCACAAUUGGUUAUUGAAAUGACAAAAGAAGAUCAAAGUCAGGCUAUACUCAUCGCACAAGAAUAUUGCGCUAGACAUCCACAAAGUCAUUUAUCAAUCUUCUUGGCUGUUUUGCGUAUAUUCUACGAAUACGAAAUUGCAUCAGAAGAGGCUAUCUUCGCAUGGUAUAAGUCUCAACCAGCUCGUGGAGAAAGUGAAUCAGAUAUGAGAGUAUUAUGGGAGAAGUCAAGAAGGUUCAUUGAAGCAUUACUCGAAGCAGACAGUGAGAGUGAGGAAGAAGAAUCUGAUUAAG